AUGCCAAGCGAUGACAGACUCAAUGCUCGCCUGACCGAGCAGAGGGGCCAUGAUGAGGAGGAAGCUCGCUCCCUCCUCUCUGCAUCUUCUAAUGACGAGGACGACCUCGUAGUCCAUCCUGGGCCCGCCAAUCCUCCGUCUACUCGCUCCGCACCCCCCAAGCGCCAGCCCUCGAUCACUCGACCGCUUCCAGAUGGUCAGCGGCGCACACCUCGAACGCCAAAUCGCGUGCGAUUCGAUCUCGAUGAACAAGAGCAGGAGGAAGAACGGUCGUCUAACGGCCGUCUUCUCCCUUCCGAGGAUGGGUCAUGGAUGGACGAGGAGGAUUACCUUCGAGUUGGGAAUCGAGAGACACGAAGCAGUACUGGUCAGAGAGCACCACUGCUUACCGGCAUAGAAGCCCCAAGUGUGACGGUUGCAACGUCGGAAGAAUUCUUUCCUGAGGAACAUCUGGAGAGUGCUAGACCACGAAGUGGCCUGCGGAUGGCGUUCAUGAACAUGGCAAACAGUAUUAUAGGCGCCGGGAUCAUUGGGCAACCGUAUGCUUUUCGCCAAGCAGGACUGGCAAUGGGCAUUGUAUUGCUUGUUGGACUGACGAUUACCGUGGACUGGACUAUCCGACUGAUAGUCGUCAACUCCAAAUUGAGUGGAGCGGAUUCGUUUCAGGCAACCGUGCAACAUUGCUUCGGGAGAAGCGGCCUCAUUGCAAUUUCAAUUGCGCAAUGGGCAUUCGCUUUCGGUGGCAUGAUUGCGUUUUGUAUCAUUGUUGGAGACACCAUUCCGCAUGUUUUAAGCGCCUUGUUCCCAUCUCUUCAGGAGAUGCCUUUCCUAUGGCUGCUCACGGAUAGACGAUUCGUAAUUAUGCUUUUUGUGCUGGGUAUCUCGUAUCCCCUAUCCUUGUAUAGGGACAUAGCGAAGCUCGCAAAAGCUUCAACAUUGGCCCUGAUCAGCAUGGCGGUAAUCGUGAUCACGGUGAUUACCCAAGGCUUUCGCGUACCUCCUGAGUCCAGAGGGGACUUCAAGGGUCUUAUAUUUGUUAACUCAGGCUUCUUCCAAGCUGUUGGCGUUAUCUCCUUCGCGUUUGUUUGCCAUCAUAAUAGCCUUUUGAUAUACGGAUCCCUCAAAAAGCCGACACUGGAUCGUUUCACCCUUGUGACGCAUUAUUCGACCGGAGUCUCUAUGUUAAUGUGCCUAGCGAUGGCGUUGGCAGGGUUCUUGUCUUUCGGGUCAAAGACUCAAGGGAACGUUCUGAACAAUUUCCCGUCAGACAACAUCAUGGUAAAUGUGGCACGGCUUUGCUUCGGCCUGAACAUGCUUACUACUUUACCAUUGGAGGCCUUCGUUUGUCGUGAGGUUAUGAUGACUUAUUAUUUUCCCGACGAACCCUUCAACCCAAGCCGUCACUUGAUAUUUACGUCCGCAUUGGUUGUUAGCUCUAUGGGCUUAGCUUUGAUUACCUGUGACUUGGGGGCCGUAUUUGAACUCAUCGGAGCUACUAGCGCUUGUGCGCUGGCGUACAUUCUGCCGCCACUCUGUUACAUCAAACUGAGCCAAUCUAGCUGGAGGGCCAAGCUUCCAGCCUACCUUUGCAUAGCGUUUGGCACUGUGGUGAUGGGUAUCAGUCUCCUCCAGGCUGUAGCCAAAAUGAUUAGAAACGAGGGUGGAGUCAGCACCUGUUCGACUUCUUAA